GAAGAUGUGGGUCCCCGCAGUUUGUGGUCCAGCACUAUAUUACUAUCAUGAAGACUUUUCCGUACGCCUGGUAGAGUGGCUAGAGCUACUGAGGGCCCAAGGUUUUAAUCAGGUGUUUCUCUACGUUACUGAUGUUCAUCCAAACAUAACUUUGGUCCUACGUCACUAUGUUCAAGAAGGAUUUGUCCAAAUUACUGACUACACUUACCCACCACCCUACGUGAACGAGCCCAGUCUGAGACGGUUGUGGACGCUGGUAGAGAGACAAAAAAUGUUUGCACAGGAAAAUGUCUACUUCACUGACUGCGUUCUACGUCACAUGCAUCAGUACCGCUUCAUUGCACAUUUUGACACUGACGAAGUGCCCAUUUUGCCCAAGCAUGACAGCUUUCCACUCUUCCUUGAAGACUUCACUAACAGCAGGAAACACGAUUCUCCUCCUGGAUACAGACUUCGGGGACAUUACUUCUAUGAAAAUUUAGAGCCAAGUCAGGAGGCCAAAGAUCUUCCCAAGUACCUCUGGGCGCUACGUCACACCGAGCGCCAAGCUAAGCCCAAUGAACCUCCAACUUCCGGCCAGUUCAAACCAAUUUUUGACAUGAAUGCUGUCAGAGGAGUUUUUUCUCAUGGCACCCUUUUGUGUGUAUCAGGUACAUGCCGGUUUUCAAAAAUGGCCACUGUGUCUUCUGAUAAGGCAUUUUUGGCGCACUUCAGGCUCACAUGUGAUGAACAGUGCAGGGAGAACACCGUUCACGACUUAACACUACAAAGGUAUAUAGACAAAGUUUCUAAUAGGGUCACUACGACCCCGACACUUCGGGACUUCAACACCUCAAUUCCAGCUGCUGUGUCGAUCACGACACUUCAACACCUCAACACCUUCGACCGAAACAAGCCGGGCUUCAUCAGAGGCUACAUAUACAACCCAGCCGCCAGUGAGUCAGUCUGGUCUCACCCGGCUGUUUAG